AUUACUGCACCAGGUGCAAAUUACACAGCAAUAGUUUUUUCUGUGAAAGAAAGGUUCAUUUUAAACACAGAUAAACUCUUUACUGGUUAACUUUUCAGUGCUUAACUCUCCAUUUUUGCUCAGCUGUGUUAAAUUUCCCAUUUCUUAAGUAGACAUGAUCAUUGAUGCCCCUGUUUUCCCAAUAAUUGGAACCAUUUUUAACUGUUCUUUCCAGGAAACAUCUCAGAAAAACAUCAGAGCGUAACUGAAGUAUUUUAAAUUUGUCAAGCAGUUAAUUUUGGCAAAUCACACAACUACAACACAGUGAGCACUAGACUAGGUAAUGGUGCUGCAUUAAUAUCAAUAACAGAAAUGGAAGCGCUACCGGAGAAAAUGACGCAAGACAGUGCAAACAGAAACGGCCUGAAAGGAAAAACAAAAUCAGACUGGUAAAUAAAAGCUUUGCUACUGUCACGUUCAUUUAUCUUCAAAUAUCCGAAGACUGGACGCUGUAGACGUUUGUUUUAAAGACUGGAUCAAUAGACUGAUCAAACACCUAAUAGCUGUGUUUCGAAUGGCGGCAGCUCCAUUCUUGGAAAAAAAAAAUCUGUCGGGUGGAUUUUCUGCUCCAUUUUCUUCACCAGCAGCCUCCCGCAUGACACACCCACCUCGCCUAACACACUUUCCCACAUGCGCACACAGAACACCCACAAUAAGGAAAACACCGUCCACCAUAAAACUGUUCGAAGUGCCUUCGUGUCACAAACAAAUCACCAUUUCCCAAAGCCCAACCCAUCCUCUGCUCGCACUAACCAUCAGUUUUCAGCACAUUUAUGACUUUACUGCCUGGCCCUCCAGUUCAUUUAGACAGCCUUGAAUUGAAGAGGAUGGGCAUGUGCUUCCUGACAGGUUGAAUUAUUCUGAACCAUUUCACUUAAGGGCCCAGAUGCUAACUGUCUGUUGUCCUUCACUGAGAAGGCAAUUAAGGUGGCCUGGUGCCGGCUAAAUGCCCCCCAGCUUCUGCAUGGGUGAGUACGUCUUCUUAUCUGCGUCUGUCAUGAUGUCGUAUGGACCUCGCCCCCUGUCUGCCCAUACACAUCCUCCCAUUUGUGGCCACCACCUCUUUUUUUUUUUUUUUUUUUUGGCAUCACCUGUCUCUGUGCCUCAGACCUGCUUGUGCACAUGAUGGCGAGAGAAACCCGGCUCUUCUGCAGCUACUUUACCGCCUCGGAAAACAUUCCAAACGGAGACUUUGCUGUUUUAAAGAUGUGGUAGAUAAGCGGAGAGGACAAAAGGUCAGCAGUGUAUAUAUUUCCAGGCAAGACUUUUCUUCAACCUUCAAACUAUGUCAUGGUAAACUGGAGGCGGUGCUACCAGUUUAGUGAACUCAUCUGUAGAGAUGCAGCUGGCUGUCAAGGACUGCAUUGCUCUCCUCAUCUACAUCUUGACCUUUCUGCUCGGCCUUCCCGCCAACCUGCUCGUCUUCUUUGUGUACAUGCGCAAGGCUCGUAAACAUGGUGCCACACCCAACGUGGUCUACGCCCUCAACUUGUGUCUGGCCAACUUGGGGCUGUUAGUCUGGCUGCCUGUCAAGACUCUGGAGACUUUGCUUCAGGACUGGAGGCUGCCUGCUCCUGUGUGUCUUGUCUACAACUUCUUCCUCUUCUCGUCCCUGUAUGGCAGCUGUCUGUUCAUCACUGCUGUAACAGCGGGCCGUUACUUCAGCAUAGCAUUCCCGAUCACCUACAAGAGAUGGCGCUGUGCUCGUAACUCCUGCAUCAUCAGCGCUGUCUUGUGGCUGUUGGUGGUGCUACACCUCAGCCCCGGCGUGGUGGUCGGAGAAGGGGGUUUUUUUGUUUCCACAGGUAAUAACUCCUCAGUAUGCUAUGAAGAUUUUAGUGCGUCUCAGCUGGCCGUGCUGCUGCCACUCCGCCUGGAGAUGGCCAUCGCCCUGUUUCUUUUGCCUCUGAUUGUGUCAACUUUUUGCACGAUGCGCUGCGUCACGCUGGUGUGGCGCUCAAAAUUGUCCCCCAUGGGAAAAAAGAGAGUGCUGGCUGUUGCGCUGUCCACGCUUGCUGUGUUUGUGGUUUGCUACGCACCCUACAACGCCUCACACGUCGUGGGGUUUGUGAUGGGGGAGAACGUGAAGUGGAGGACGUACGCUAUGCUGACGAGCACCUGUAACGUAUUCCUGGACCCUGUGGUCAUGCUGAUGCUAUCUCCAGUCAUGUCAAGAGGCAUCUUGGGAAGAAUCUGUGGACGGCAAAGGCAGUUCAGCCACAGGGGGGGUUCUCGGUACCAGUGUAAAGCCAUCAGUUAAGCUUCAAAAGUUAGACCACCAACUGUCCCAUCUGAGGGGAGCAAACCUGGGGCUUAGAUGACCUGAGAGUGUCACAAACAUUUGGUCUGAUAUGACCACCCUUCAUGUACCAGUAACCUCUGCAAACAGACCCAGUAAACCUCCUCCACACUGACUGUCCAGCUACAUGAAGUCUGUUAAUUCAGAGCUGACUGACUUCUUUAAAGCUUUGUGUCGUCAGGCGUUAAUGACCUGUUUGAAUACAGCUGUGAGGUACUGCUGUGUCACAUGUAAUGUUUUGCUGAUCCCGGUUUUGGAUUAAAAUGACGUAUGGAUAGUAUGUGAAAUCAUUGUUUUUGACCAGGCACACUGUGCAUGUUUAAACAUUUUAUUUCGAAUUUCAUGAGGAAUGUUUAUCGGCUGAUUUUAAAUGGCUCCAUCUGGUGUCUCAAGCUGUAAAAGCUCACUUUAAAAUGUGUCAUGUUUUGGAAAGUGUUCAGCAUUAAAAGACAUUUCUCACAGGUGAAGCUAAUCACAACACAGCUGCCUUUAUUUUCAGUGGCAGAAUUGUGUUUUUAGUGUCAGGGUUACAAUUAGAUUAUGGUUAGGUUUAGUCUAAGGGUCAAGGUUAGGGUAAAUGGCUGGGGAAAGCAUUAUGUUAAAAACAUGUCCUCACUAAGAUAUGAAAAUGAGUGUGUGUGUGGCGUGUGUGAUGUGUGUUCUGUGUAUGUGUGUGUGUGUGUGUGUGUUUUAAACUGCUUUUUAAUAAACUAAAUAAACUUUAAUUAUCAAAAAUAUGAUGUCUGAAAUUAAUUAAAUUUAAAUGAACAUCAUAAAUUUUUUGUUUGUGCAUAAAUUGAUCAGAUCCUGAAAAGUUGAGUCUCUUGACUAA